AUGCAAUCACAUCCACCACUGGCCUCGGCUUGGCCAAUAUCGGAUGCCACUGUGAUUCCUCGUGUUGGCGUCGCCGUCUUUGUGAUCAACGAGAAAGGUCACGUUCUCGUCGGCAAGCGUACGGGAUGUCAUGGAGCAGGCACACUUGCUCUUCCUGGAGGCCAUCUCGAACUUCACGAGUCAUUUCAAGAUUGCGCAGCUCGACAAGUGUAUCAAGAGACAGGCUUGAUCCUCGAACCGCCUCACACCCUCGCUCAGUCGCAGCUCUUAUCGCCAUCGCCAUUACCAACACAAACACACUUGCAACCGCAAUCUCCCUCACAACCCAUCCUCUCCUCCACCGCAUCUACUCCAUCCCCUGUCGCAAACUCCUCGACACUCUUGUCUACCAACACCAUCCCGCCUACCCCGCUGCAGUUCCUUACAGCGCAGAACUCGGUGCGCAUGAAGGAUCAUGGAGAGAAAGGCGAGGGCAAGCACUACGUCACCAUCUUCAUGAAGGCUAGCCUCAGGUCGGAUCCUUGUCAGCCUUUUGCGCAACCUCGUAUCAUGCAGCCGAACAAGUGCUUGGGAUGGUUCUGGAUUCCCAUGAAAUAUCUUCGAGAAGCAGCCGACCGUCAACAUCAGCUUCAGCUUCUCCAACACGCCGCUGCUUCCGAAGGUCGUUCGCUUCCUGUCUCGAUAGACAAGCUGCUCGAAGCCGAAAGCCUCGCCCAAGCACUCCAAGAUGCCGACGACGCGGAUCCCUCUGUCUCAAUACGUGCGCCUACCAUGUCAGCUUCACUCUUAAACCGCACAAGACGUCCAUCAUCUUCGGCUCUUCAGAACAACGACGCCAGUGGCUAUGCAAUGAGUGCGCAUGAGGCCGUCGCAUGGGCUGAAGCUGACGACUUUGCCCGAGGCGCUCCCCUCUUCCAGCCUCUUGUCAAUCUCCUCAUUGACCACCCCACUUUGCAAGUUGUCUGA